AUGCAUCUGGAGAUUAAGGUCGCCCUGAAUUUUAUUAUUUCAUAUCUGUAUAAUAAGCUUCCAAGAAGAAGAGCUGACCUGUUUGGAGAAGAGUUGGAGAGGCUUUUGAAAGGCAAAUACGAAGGGCACUGGUACCCAGAAAAACCUCUGAAGGGCUCUGGCUAUCGCUGUGUUCACAUUGGGGAAACUGUGGAUCCGGUAGUUGAGCAAGCAGCACGCAGGAGUGGGCUUGACAUAGAUGAUGUAAGAGCAAAUGUACCAGAAGAACUUAGUGUGUGGAUUGAUCCAUUUGAAGUGUCUUACCAAAUUGGAGAGAAAGGAACCGUUAAAGUAUUGUACUUGGAAGAUGUGGAAAGCAGCACUGAGCUGGACAAAGAGAUAAAGAGUAGCUUCAAUCCUGAAGCACAAGCAUUUAUCCCAAUCACUAACCAAGAGACCUCACUGUCAAACUCGCCAUCUCCAUCCUUUGGUCAGUCGCCGAGCCCAACUUUUAUCCCUCGUGCCACCCAGCCCAUUACCUUCACAACUGCCACCUUUGCAGCUACCAAAUUUGGCUCAACUAAGAUGAAGAAAGGAGGCCAGCGCAUGGCACGAUCACCCACCAAUAACCUGGCAAAGCACAAGGGUCUGUCUCUGUCAAUGCAUUCGUUAAACUUCAGCUCAGCCCAGGGAGCUCCAUCCCAGCUUUCUCCAAAUGCCAAGGAGUUUGUCUUCAGUGGACCACCAGGGCUUUUCUAUGAUGGUGAUAGCCAGAAUCUACCAAGCCCAGGCCAGUUUGCUACUCCAUUCAACACUGGGAGCAGUCUAUUCAAUGAUAAAUCCCCUUUUGUGGAUGGAUUGAACUUCAGCCUUCCUUAUCCAAGCCAGCCUUUCCAGCCUGUUGUCUUGGCUAAUUAA